AUGCUCCGCGCAAGAAUCCCAUCGAGUGUGGAACUCUCCCCACGCCAAUACCCUGCGGCCGCCCGAGCAUGCAGACUAGGCGGGCAAUGGCAACGGGCGCUGUCUCUGAUCAGCGAGAUGUGGGAGUCGCUGACUGAGCCCGAUGUCGUCAGCUACAGUCGUGGGAUCAGCGCGCGCGGGAAGGGCAAGCAGUGGGAGUUGGCGCUGGCCUUGCUUGAAGGGUUGCGGGACGUUAAAGCGGAGCCAGAUACGAUCAACUACAACGCCGCGAUCAGCGCUUGCGAGAACAGUGCGCAGUGGCAGAUCGCACUGUUACUGCUCGUCAUCUCGGCGGAGGUACAACUGCAGCCUGACUGCACAAGCUACAGCUCUGGCAUGAGCGCAUGCGAAAAGAGCGGGCAAUGGCAGCAGUCGUUACUGCUGCUCAGAGAGUCGGUCAAAAUCCAGGUGGGGCUCAAUCUCAUCGGCUACGACGCUGGAGUCAGCGCUUGCGAGAAAGACAUGCAGUGGACGCGAGCGUUGGGCUUGCUCAGAGAGCUGCGGAAGGUCAGGUUGGAACCAGUCGCCAUCACGUACAAUGCUGGAAUCAGCGCGUGCGCGAAGGGCGGGCAGUGGCAGAUGGCCUUGUUGUUGUUCCGUGAGAUGUAG